AUGUUCGGAAUUUUCGCGGAUUUGAUGUCCUCGGUCAUCACGAUCCUCUUCCCGGUGUUCGCUUCCUACAAAGCCCUCCGAUCAUCCGACCCCUCACAACUGGCACCAUGGCUGAUGUACUGGGUGGUGCUCUCCGUCAUUCUCCUGGCAGAAUCCUGGACAGUAUUCAUCAUCGGAUGGUUCCCCUUCUAUAGCUGGAUCCGCCUAUGUUUCCUCUCUUAUCUUGUCCUCCCCCAGACGCAAGGGGCUCGCUUGCUAUACCAGGAUUACGUGGAUCCGUUUUUGACACACCACGAGCGGGAGAUCGAAGACAUCAUCGGCCGCACCCAUGAACGCGCCAAGGCCCUGGGCCUCCAGUACUUCUACCAAGCGAUCGAUUUGAUCCGAGAGAAGGUCCUCGGUCUUCCCCCGCAGCGUCCAUCCACACCGCCCCAGCCAAAUGCCGCCUCCUACGCUCAGUCCCUCUUGUCACGCUUCAACAUUCCCACUGCCGGAGCUUCCGCCAACAAUGACUGGUACUCAGUCCUCAGCUCUGCCGUGGGCUCGGUAGCUUCCGGCAAGUCUCGCGAAGCGCGGGAAGAAGAACUGUCCGCCAGCGGCAAUUUGCUCCAGCGACAGUUGUCCUCCAUGUCCGGAGCUGAGAAGGCACACUUCAUUUCCUCACAGCGCGAGCUGCUGGAUCACCUCCGGUCAACCCUGACCCGCGAGGAACAGAGCAGCAACCUGGAUGUACCCGAGCCAGACGAUCUCGCCUACGGCGUGCCCCUGCGUAAGAACCGCAGCGACAACUCCUUCGAAGUAGUCGAUAACGAGGAACCAGGUACCCACACGGCCCGAAAGACCAGCGGUGGAUGGACAUCGGGCUGGUUCGGUAACGAGCAGGACUCCGCUGGUUCUUCUGGAAGUGAUUUCGCUGCCCGAGCUAUCGACGAGAUUUCUCGUUCGCGCGCAACAGGCUAUGAUCGAUCUUGA